UUCCUAGCUGCGCUGCUCUGGAGCUUCGCUAUAUUUUCCUUCCCUUCCCAUCAGCCACCCAACUCAUCUUCUUCGUCGCUUGAUCUAUAAUUUUGGUCAAGUCCCAGAAUCUUAUUUCGGAGAAACUUCCUUCUGGCUGGCCUUUGCCGGCUGUGCUGGCCAGAGUUUUUAUUCUUAAGCAACUGAAUCACCUAUACGAUCCAAACUAGUGGGACCCGUUGGUUCUUGUCUUAUUUUCGCUCCUUCUUGCUUUUGAAGGUUGGUAUCUCAGCUCGAUUUGGGGAGUUCUUGAUCAUUCUGCAGCUGGGAUUCGACCUGGAUAUCCUCGUCGCGUCAGUGCAAGUUCAUCUCCAAUCUGAUGGGAUCAACAGAGGAGAAAACAAAUUACCUAUCAGAUGAAGGAACUCCGUUGAAGUCCUCACCGGUCGCGAAAAAUGUAUCGCAUAGCUUCGAUUGCGAGACGGGUCCUGUUCGUUCUUCCCCAGAUGUUACAAGAUGGUGGAAGACUAACAACAUUCGUAUUAGACCUCUUAGAAGUGCUUAUAUAGUGUUAGUUAGAGCAAAGAUCAACGUGUUACUACCUUUUGGUCCUUUGGCUAUUCUGCUACACUACUUGACCGGAAAGCAUGGAUGGGUCUUCUUUUUCACUUUACUUGGCAUUGCACCCUUGGCAGAGCGUCUUGGUUAUGCAACCGAGCAGCUUGCCUUCUACACUGGACCAACAGUUGGCGGUCUUUUGAAUGCAACAUUUGGAAAUGCUACCGAAAUGAUUAUAUCGAUUUAUGCGUUAAAGAGUGGGAUGAUUAGGGUUGUUCAACAGUCAUUACUGGGUUCAAUCUUGUCAAAUAUGCUCCUUGUUCUUGGUUGUGCUUUCUUUACUGGUGGGAUUGUUCAUCAUAAGGUGCAGGUUUUCAAUAAGGGUUCUGCUGUUGUUAAUUCAGGAUUGUUGUUGAUGGCUGUUAUGGGAACAACUUUUCCGGCUGUUCUUCAUUUCACCCACACAGAACUUCAUUCUGGAGAGUCAGCACUAUCUCUUUCAAGAUUUAGCAGCUGUAUUAUGUUAAUUGCAUAUGCAAGCUAUCUUUUCUUUCAACUUAAAAGUCAGCAGGACCUCUAUGGUCCUCUUGAUGAGGUAGGUGAAGAUGAAGUUGAGGAUGAUUCUGAGAUUUAUGCUUGGGAAGCAAUUGGAUGGCUUGCUAUCUUGACUGUAUGGGUAUCUAUUUUAUCUGGAUAUCUUGUUGAUGCUAUCCAGGGAGCAUCUGAAUCAUUGAAUUUGCCAGUGGCUUUUAUUAGUGUAAUUUUGUUGCCAAUUGUUGGAAAUGCUGCUGAACAUGCGAGUGCAAUCAUGUUUGCCAUGAAGGAUAAGCUUGACAUCACCCUUGGAGUUGCUAUUGGAUCGUCGACACAAAUAUCCAUGUUUGUGAUCCCGUUUUGCGUGGUUGUUGGAUGGUGCAUGGGGGAACCAAUGGACUUGAACUUUAAACUCUUUGAGACAGCGACUUUGUUCAUCACUGUUUUAGUGGUGGCCUUUAUGUUGCAGGAGGGGACAUCCAAUUAUUUCAAAGGUGUAAUGCUUAUUCUAUGCUACCUCAUUGUGGCAGCCAGUUUUUUUGUACACAUUGACCCUACUAAUGAUAAUGACUAACCCUCGAAGCAAGUAUGUCCCUGGGAAUUUACUGCAACCUGAACCUUUGCAUUGCAUUGGUUCUCAAACCACCAUUGCUUCAGUUCGAUGGAACCUGCAAACAUUGGAGGACUCACACAAAUGGUUUGGUCUUUAAAUGGAGUUUGGUUUCAUUUGUUGAACUGUACUGUAAUCUUUUUGUGGCUUGACAGUUCAUCUUUUUUCUCAUUAUCAUCUUCUUCUUUAACUUGUUUAUCAUAAACUUGAGAGCUGUAAUCUUUCUAUAUUCAUCGAUUGUAAGCUCUUCCUUUGAAUGUU